GACAUCACUGGCUAGAUACACCAUUUUGUUUGAGAGGAAAAAAUCGUGUAAAACGGUUUUGCUGUGUUAAAUCGGACUGUUAAAGUAAUUAUUAGUAAUAAUAUAAUUGUUAGGCAAUAACAAUGGACAACAUUGAACGACUUUAUAAAUGUUACGAAAUAUUAUCCGAGGCGGGUGAUAAAAUAACUGAGCAUGUUGCGGAAUAUAAAGAGAUACUACAGGCCGUAAAAGGCACAUCAAAGGAGAAACGUUUGGCAUCCCAAUUCAUUGGCAACUUUUUCAAACAUUUUCCUGAACUUUCGGACACAGCAAUUGAUGCACAAUUCGAUCUAUGUGAAGAUGAUGAUACACAGAUACGGCGGCAAGCUAUCAAAGAUUUGCCAAAGCUAUGUCAGGGCAACCCAGAGGCCACCAUACGCGUGGGCGACACUUUAGCCCAGCUGCUUAUUUUGGACGAUGCAACUGAACUGCAGCAAGUGAACAAUUCUCUGCUCAGCAUCAUUAAAUUGGAUACGAAAAAUGCUAUAACUGGUUUAUUUCAACAAAUCACAACGGGCGACGAGACAACGCGUGAGCGUUGCUUUAAAUUUAUUGCUACCAAGCUGUUGACAAUGGGCCCGAAUGUCAUUACUAAAGAGAUUGAGGAUUAUAUUGUGGAGGAAGUGAAGAAGGCAUUGCAGGAUGUGACAGCAGAUGAAUUUCAUCUAUGCAUGACCAUUUUGGGUGCCACCAAGCUAGGCAGCACAAUAACCGGACACGCCGAGCUGGUCAGACUAGCCACAGAACAGGCUGAACUAAACACUGUCGAUGCGGACACCCUAGCAGUAGAUGAUGAAGUCGUAGAGCGUUUUAUACAAUGCGCCACAGCAGCUGCACCUUACUUUUCGAAAACCAUUAAAUCAACACAAUUUGUGGCCUAUGUUUGUGACAAACUGUUGCCAAUUAAUACAUGGAACUUGAUUGCCACUGCAGUGGCACAGGAUCAAAUACAAUUGCGUUUGCUUAAAGUAUUCGCCGAGAUGAUAACCUACACGGACAAGCUGGAUAAUGCCAACGAGCGCAUUAAUGCCGUCUACAAUGUAUUAUUGGAAUAUAUGCCUUUGCCAAAACUAAGCGAUGAGGAUACGACCGAUGUGCCGCCCUCAUUUCAAUUCUCGCAUGCUGAAUGUUUGCUUUAUGCAUUGCACACGCUGGGCAAAAAGCAUCCAGGCAAUUUAACAUUUAUUGAGGAUGCUGAAAAGUUGAAAGACUUUCGAGCUAGAUUGCAGUAUCUAGCGCGUGGUACACAGGGUUACAUUAAGAAACUGGAGGAGGCGCUGAAAGGCAAAUCAGCGGAGGAGCUAAAAACUGAGGAAAAUCAAUUGAAACAAACAGCUUUGAAGACCACAUCCAAUAUAAACGUUUUAAUACGCGAUUUAUUUCACUCACCGCCCAUUUUCAAGCACGAUAUUGUUCUCUCUUGGGUUGUACCCAAAACUAACAAGCUGGGAAAACGCCAUGUACCCAUCACAUUUGGCGACAAGGGCACCGCAAAUGGGAAUCAGGAACAGGAGCAACAGGAUAAGAAAGCGCGGCCAUCCAAUGAACAGAAAUUCUAUUCACCACCAUCGGGCAAAUACUCUGGCAAAGUGAAUUCCAACUAUGGAAACAACAAUCGCACGCGUCAACGAGGUGGAGGCGGUGGAGGUGGCGGAGGCAACUUUAGGAAUCGACGAUACAAUAGAUAUUAGAUGUACCAGAUAUAGCCAACAAUCCACUUUUACAUCCUAGUCGUUAAACAACAAAAAACUGAAGAAACUACAUAAAACAAACAAGAACUUAAGGAGAUAUUAUGAUUAGAGAUUUGCUCUAACAGCGUUCCGCGUUUAAUAAACAACUAUAAAAAAUUACACAACAACAAGGCUAUAGAUGAAACUUCCUUCAGCUGGUGGCGGCAGCUGCUCCAGCGAUCCUGGCUUUCUAUUUCAGGUGAGUAUCGACUAUGCUUUCCAUGUAACUGUCCACUUUUGAUGUAUUUCAGAGCCUUCAACAGAUCAACAAAUAUAAAUGCAGUACGGUUAAUAAUUCUCUUAUUAUUUAUUUGCAAAUUAUUUUCAAACAAAAACUCAAUCACUCACAGACACACAAAAAAAAAAGGACUACAAAGAUGUUUGCAAGUUUUUUUGGCGUUGAUAUUUUAAAACAAUGUCUCACACGUAAUUUUAUUUCAAUGAGUGGGAAUGGCUGUGUGCACGUUGUUUUAACAUAUCAAGCUGUUUCCUUUACUCUGAUCUGUCCAAAAUGCUAGAUGUAAUAAUAUAUAAAAAUAGUUUGUAAACAACUUGCAAUAUCUCCUCUUAACCAUAUUCAAAUAAUCAAGUGAAAUUAAUGAAAAAUAAGAAGUCCUCUUUCGCUAUUUAUAUAUAUAUUAAAGACAUAUGCAAGCA